CUUUUGUAAUGAAGAAGCACUUAAAUACUCACCUACUAGGCAAACAUGGAGUUGGCACCCCAAAAGAAAGGAAAUUUACAUGCCACUUAUGUGAUAGAAGCUUCACCGAGAAGUGGGCCUUGAACAACCACAUGAAACUCCACACGGGAGAAAAGCCUUUUAAGUGCACCUGGCCUACAUGUCACUACUCAUUCCUCACGGCCUCAGCUAUGAAAGACCACUACAGGACGCACACAGGCGAGAAGUCGUUUCUCUGUGACCUCUGCGGCUUUGCCGGUGGAACCCGGCACGCCCUCACCAAACACCGCCGGCAGCACACAGGAGAAAAGCCUUUCAAAUGCGAUGAGUGUAACUUCGCCUCUACAACGCAGUCACACUUGACUCGUCAUAAGCGUGUGCACACUGGAGAGAAGCCCUACAGGUGCCCUUGGUGUGACUACAGGUCAAACUGUGCUGAGAAUAUCCGCAAACACAUUUUACACACUGGCAAACAUGAAGGUGUGAAGAUGUACAACUGUCCAAAAUGUGACUAUGGGACAAACGUCCCCGUGGAGUUUCGAAAUCACUUGAAAGAGCAGCAUCCUGACAUUGAGAACCCUGACCUCGCAUACUUGCAUGCUGGCAUUGUGUCCAAGUCCUAUGAGUGCCGCCUGAAAGGACAAGGAGCCACCUUUGUGGAGACAGACAGCCCCUUCACUGCAGCCACCCUGGCCGAGGAAUCACCUGUCAGGGAGAAGUCCCUGAGAAGCAGCAAGAGGCAGGCUUCACCCCCUGAGCAGGUCCAGCAGGUCAUCAUCAUCCAGGGCUAUGAUGGGGAGUUUGCCCUGGAUGCCUCUGUGGAGGAGACUGCUGCGGCCACACUGCAGACCCUGGCAAUGGCUGGCCAGGUGGCCAGGGUGGUUCACAUUACAGAACACGGGCAGGUCAUUACCACAAGUCAGAGUGGGUCGGAUGUGGGCAGCGUGGUACCUGGACCCAUCCUCCCGGAGCAGCUGGCGGAUGGAGCCACCCAGGUGGUUGUCAUGGGGGGCUCUGUGGAAAGUCACAGUGUGGAUGAGGCCCUUAGUCCAGGUGGUGCUGUGCUACAGCAGGUUACCAAGCAGGAGCUCUUAAGUCUCUCUGAGGCUGGAGUUUCUCCGUCUGACACCUCCUCAGCCUUAGAUGCACUACUCUGUGCUGUCACUGAGUUGGGAGAGGUGGAAAAUAGGGCAGGGCAUGAGGAAAAGGGCAGGCCCAGCCACAAGGAUGUGCUGAUCCAGCUGCCCAGCCAGGAAGCAGCCCAUGCUCAUCCCAACACAGAGGCCUCAGAGCCUCAGUUGUUCCAAGAUGGUCGGGAGAGUCCAGCAGCCACGGAAGUGCUGACACAGGUUGUCCGGCCCUCAGCCGUCAUCACGUCUCAGGAACGAGCCCAGGUGGCCUUCAAGAAGAUGGUUCAGGGGGUCCUCCAGUUUGCUGUCUGCGACACAGCUGCAGCCAGUCAGCUGAUGAAAGAUGGCGUCACCCAGGUCAUUGUGAAUGAGGAGGGUGCUGUCCACAUGGUAGCCGGAGAAGGCUCCCAGUUCAUCAUGCAGGAAGCUGAGACCCAUGGCCUGCGGGUACCGGCUGAGCACAUGGACCUGGUAGAGUCAGAAGGGGAGAUCUCACAGAUCAUUGUCACAGAAGAGCUGGUCCAAGCCAUGGUCCGUGAAUCCAGCAGCAACUUCCCUGAGGGUGCCACCCACUACAUUGUUACAGAGUUGCCUCCGGGUGUACAGGAGGACACGGGUGUUUACUCCCACACUGUGAUAGAGACAGCCAGCUCUCCAGAGAUCCUGCAGGCUGGGGCUGUACUCGGCAGUGCUGAGGCUGUGGGCACAAGCAGCACUGAACAGUUGACCAGUAUGGUCAUCUAUACCCAGGACGGCUCCCCAGCAGCCACAGUGAUCCAGAGCCAAAGGGAAAACAGUGAGCUCCGAGACGCAUGAGGCAGGCCUCCAUGCUGGGCACAGUGCAGUGUGCAAAGAUCUACUCGGGCCAGUCCAGAGGCUGCUGAGCUUUGCUGGUCACGCUUGCUUCAGAGGUGUGCUGAACAGGCCCUUCAAGCAGGGGUAACAUUGGCCACUGAAAAGGCACCAGAGGAGAGCACAGAGCCACGCCUACACUUAGGUUGCCCAGCAGCCUAAGAAGAGUGGGUGGGCAGGAUGAACCCUGUGCUAUAGAGCUGGUCACUGGGCCCUCUGCCUUGCCCCUGAAACACCACUGUGGUGAGAAGCAGUUUUCCCUGGUUUUUCUCCCAUAUAAGUUCCCUGUUUAGUCAUCAAAAGAAAAAAGAUGGUGUCCCUGAUGGGAACUAGGAAACGUUUCUAGCCUCAGACCAUCUGCAGGGGCUGCUGCUCAUGCAGCUCAUCUCCUCCCAUAGUUGAUUCAAAAUCGGAGCUACAAAGACUACGUCUUGAAGCAAUGAACACCUUGUUUUUUACUAUUAUUAAGCUUGAGAGAAUGGUGUUCCCAGACCAAAGGAAGCCUGUUAGUUCAUUUUAUGUAUAAAUUUCCCUUCUGAAAAUAUUUUAGGUGUUUCCUUUACCAUGGCCAUUCUGCACAAGAGAAAUCUUUCAUCUGUGGUUUGAGAAAAGUCUUGAAAUUUUUACUGAGUUAAAAUCCACCUUGGUUAAGACAAUUGAUUCUCAUCCUGAGUUCAUUUCGUACCAUAACGUCUGUACAUGAAAUGUCUACUGUGGAAAAUAUCACUCAUUGCUUUUUAUAACAGAUAUCUGUUUGUAUGGGUAUCUUUUCUCCAGGAUUUAUCUGUGACUGUCUGGGAGUGGGAAGGCUGACGUUGAACAGUACAGUAGAAGCCCACCCCUGGCCUGCCUCCCAGCACUGCCUCCUCCAUGGUGGGGUCACUGCAAGUGCCGGCUGCAGCCUUAGGUUCUGCUCAGUUUUCGUGAUUCCAUUGCUUUUUUUUUUUUUUUUCUUCAAAAUUGUAAAAUAACCCCUUUCCUCAGAGGCAAAAUUGUUUUUGUU